AUGGCACUCUCUAAAACUCCAAGGAGCAACAAUGAGCUUCUCUCCCUCAUCUCCACCGCCAUCACCACCGCCGCCGCCAACGCAGACCCUCCUCUCACCCUCCGUAAGCUCCUCCCUCCCCUCACCGCCCCUGACCUCAUCGACCUCAUCAACCUCAACCCCCACUCCCUCUCCCCCAACUCCCUCCUCUCCUUCUUCCACCACCUCUCCUCUUCCACCUCCUUCCGCCACACCCUCCACUCCUACUCCACCAUGGCUCACUUCCUCUCCUCCCACCGCAUGUUCCCCCAGGCCCACUCCCUCCUACGACUCGUCGUCUCCCGCUCCGGCAAACACUCCGCCUCCUCCGUCUUCACCUCCCUCCUCCAUUCCCGAGGUACUCAUCACCACUCUGACUACCCCUUUCACGCUUUGAUCAAAUGUUACACUGAUUCCGUGUUUCUCGGGGACGCUGUCCAGUGCUUUAGAUUACUUAGGAAGCACGGUUUUCGCAUACCCUGUCAUGCUUGUGCUCACUUGCUUGACAACAUGUUCAAGUUUAACACCCCUGUCGUGUCUUGGGGGUUUCUUUUGGAGGCUUUGGAUUCCGGGUUUCCGCCCAAUGUGUAUAAUUUCAAUGUUGUGAUGCAUAAGAUGUGUAAGCAGGGUCAGGUCAGAGAGGCCCGGCGAGUUUUCGAUGAGAUUGGGAUCAGGGGUUUGAACCCAACUGUGGUAAGUUUCAAUACUUUGCUUAAUGGGUAUUGUAAGUGUGGGAAUUUAGAGGAGGGUUUUAAGUUGAAGAGGGAUAUGGAGGGGAGAGGAAUGCGUCCUGAUUUGUUUACUUAUAGUGUUUUGAUUAAUGGGUUGUGUAAGGAAGGCAGGUUAGAUGAUGCGAAUGGGGUGUUUGAUGAAAUGUGCGCGAGGGGUUUGGUUGCGAAUGACGUCAUAUUUACUACUUUGAUUGAUGGGAUGUGUAAGAAUGGGAAGCUUGAUCUGGCGCUGGAGAUGUAUCAGAAGAUGUUGCGGAGAGGGAUCAAACCGGAUAUAGUUAUGUACAAUACACUCAUAAAUGGUCUGUGCAAGGUUGGCGAUAUGAAACAAGCUAGGAAGCUUGUUGACGAGAUGAAUACGAGAGGUUUCAAGCCUGACAAGAUCACUUAUACUACGCUUAUCGAUGGAUGCUGCAAAGAGGGAGAAAUAGAAUCGGCCUUAGAGAUAAGGAAGCAGAUGAUUAAGGAAGAUAUUGCACUUGACAAUGUAGCUUUCACAGCCCUUAUAUCAGGAUUUUGCAGAGAUGGAAGAAUCAGUGAGGCAGAAAAAAUCUUAAGGGAGAUGUUGAAGGCCGGCAUGAAGCCUGAUGAUGCCACUUAUACGAUGGUCAUUGAUGGAUUUUGCAAGAAGGGCGAUGUUAAUAUUGGUUUUAAGUUGCUCAAGGAAAUGCAGGGUGAUGGUCGCGUACCAAGUGUUGUGACCUAUAAUGUGCUUAUGAAUGGAUUAUGCAAGCAAGGACAGAUGAAAAAUGCAAAUAUGCUGUUGAAUGCUAUGAUUAAUGUUGGGGUGGUCCCAGAUGAUAUUACGUACAACAUUCUAUUGGAAGGACAUUGCAAGCAUGGAAGUUCAGGUGACUUUGAGAAGCUAUGGAGUGAGAAAGGAGUUCUUGAUUAUGCUUCAUAUAAUUCGCUAGUAAGUGAUAUAAAUAAAUCUUCAAAAAAUCGUCAGAAGAAAUGAUUGCUUCAAGUGUGAGAAGUAAGGAAUUUACUCAUAUCAAAUGGGGGGUUCAUUUGGUGAUCAGAAAAGUUAGUUCAUGAAAGACUUGGGAUCACCGAAGAAAUGAAUGAGUAGAGAGAAGUCAUUCAUCAGUGCAGUGCUUCCCCUUUAACACAGGAGCAGACUACCGUAUUAUACAAAAAGCUGUUGGUAUACGGUUGUCAUGUUCCAUUUCUAUUAAAGUUGUGUAACCGUGGAAGAUGAAGUGAAGUAGAAUAUCCUUGGGCUUAGCAUCAAGUCUCAUAGUGUUGCAAUGGAUUUUGCAGAGAGAUAGGAAUCAUCGAGGCAGGAAAAUUUGUGUUAAAGGCCGGCAUGAAGUCUGAUGAUGCCACUUAUGAGAUGUUCAUCGAUGGGUUUUGCAAAACGGGUUUUGUUAAUAUUUGUUAUAACUUGCUUGAGAAAAUGCAGGGUGAUGGUCACAUACCACAUCUUGUGACCUAUGAAUCGAUUUGCAAGCUAGGACAGAUGAAAAAAGUGAAUUAGCAGUGUGACAUCGGACCACCUAGUUAGUAGAUAUACCGGACCCUCUCAACUAAGCAUGUGUUUAUCAGGUGCCAGAUCAGGCUCAGGUUCGUCAGAGUUUAAAACCGGUUGAGUUUAUAGAAAAAUGAACAUGCAUUGUUGCUUAUGUCUCUCGAAGUACUGGAGCCUUGACCCCGAUAUUGGAGUAAAUUAUGCAUGAUUGUUCUCCUAAUCUCCUUGAUUAUUCAUGCAAACAUGUAAAAGUCAUUAGCUAUUUUAUCUCGUUUAUUUUGUUUAAUUGAGAAGGAUUCUGCUGGUGAAUAGGUUUCUUCCUACUAACAUU